AUGAAUAGUAUUACGAUAUUUUUAGUGUUCUUCGGAUCUCUUUCUGCACUAAAUGAUUAUGCCACGGCCAAUUCUAAGUGUGCUGCUGCUAUAUCUGCCUAUCCACCUGGCCCUGAAACAGGAUGCUGUGGCGUUGAAUCGGCUGAGACGAAAAUUUUAGGAGGAAAUCGAACAGAAAUAGACCAGUUCCCUUGGUUGGCUCAAAUUGAAUAUUUAAAAGAAGACAAGUUAAAGGUAAUCUGUGGUGCAACCCUUAUCGGCGGCAAAUUUCUUCUAACUGCAGCUCACUGCGUUUCAGGACCAAUCAUUAAAACUUUUAUUCCAAAAAAUAUUAUCCUCGGUGAAUAUGACACGAGCCACGAAGGCCCUGACUGUGUGCCAGCACUAGGUGGUGGUGAGGACUGUACAGAUGGUGCAAUAAGAAUACCAAUUGAGAAAAUAAUAAUACACCCACAAUACGAAGAUAAUAGCAAGUUAAGAAGAAACGACAUAGCUCUUAUUAAAAUGACAGAAUUGGCACCAUUUACAGAUUUCAUUCGACCCAUUUGUCUGCCAACUUCGGAUAUAACUCUGACAAAGGACCCGAUUAAAUGGCUCAAAUUUGCUGCUUGGGGGACAGCAUCGGGACCAAGCCCUGUUAAGUUGCACGUGGGUCUGCCUUUCGUACCUCAAGAGAAAUGUCAACUAGCUUACUCAUCUAAUGGCCGAGACAUUACUUUAUGGAAGGGCCAGCUGUGUGCUGGAGGCGAGAAAGACAAGGAUUCGUGCAAAGGUGACGGUGGAUUGCCACUCAUGAAUGAUAAUGGCGGAAGAUAUGAAGUAGUUGGACUUGUCAGUUUUGGUUCUACACCUUGUGGCACAGAAAAUAUACCUUCUGUAUUUACUAAUGUGUAUGAAUAUAAAUAUUGGAUUAUGAGCAGUGCAUCAGCAGCAGAACAGACAUAA